UCGGUGAAGUCAGCGCCGAGUCCCAGAAAAACAGAGCGGGGCCAACAGCAGCGUGUAGUGCGAGUGGGGCAGGACGCGCGCCGGCGGCCCGCCCGCCCGGAGACCCGCAAGGAGUGGAAUUUGUUGGAGGAGUUUGUGAAACCUCUCUGCCCAGAGCUCCAGGACCAAUGCAUCUUUCCACCACCUUAAACCACUGAUUAUAGUCGUUUUGUGGAUUAUGAUAUGAAAUCGUUCUAAAUUUCGGGUACAUUUUGAAUUCUGUACGUUCUCAAACAUCCAGCUGAGGAAUAUUGAAGCUACUCGAGCAGUUCAGAGGCCUGGUUGCAGAGGACUUGUCCUGUCACCACCAUGAGCUCUGAAUGUGACGUCGGUGCUUCCAAAGCCGUGGUGAACGGGUUGGCCCCGGGCAGCAAUGGGCAAGACAAAGACACGGAUCCUACAAAAAUCUGCACUGGGAAAGGAGCGGUGACUCUCCGGGCCUCGUCCUCCUAUAGGGAAAUGCCGAGCGGAAGCCCUGUGAGCCCUCGAGAAGCCCCACAGCAUGCAGGGACACCAGUUCUGGAGUCAGAGAAUUCCUCAGCAGAUGAGUGGAGGCUUUCUUCCAAUGCCGAUGCCAAUGGAAACGCCCAGCCCUCUUCACUUGCUGCCAAGGGCUACAGAAGCGUGCAUCCCAGCCUUCCUUCCGACAAGCCCCAGGACUCAAGUCCCCCACUAAAUGAAGUCUCUUUGUCCCACGUUGGAACUGACUCCCAAACCUCUGCACCAGUCAGCAAGCCACCAUCUGCCUACCCCUCCACGACGAUCGUCAACCCCACCAUCGUGCUCCUGCAGCACAACCGAGAACAGCAGAAGCGACUCAGUAGCCUUUCAGAUCCUGUCUCGGAAAGAAGAGUGGGGGAGCAGGACUUGGCACCGACUCAGGAAAAGCCUAGCUCCCCGGGCAGGGCUCCUGAGAGGAAGGCAAAGGAUGACAGCAGGCGGGCAGCUAAGAGCGCUCAGGACCUGAGCGAUGUGUCCAUGGAUGAAGUGGGCAUCCCCCUCCGGAACACUGAGAGAUCAAAAGACUGGUACAAGACCAUGUUUAAACAGAUCCACAAACUGAACAGAGAUGAUGAUUCAGAUCUGUACUCUCCUCGAUAUUCCUUUUCUGAAGACACAAAAUCUCCCCUUUCUGUGCCUCGCUCAAAAAGUGAGAUGAACUACAUUGAUGGUGAGAAGGUAGUUAAGAGGUCGGCCACACUUCCCCUCCCGACCCGCUCUUCUUCGCUAAAAUCAAGCCCAGAGAGAAACGACUGGGAGCCCCCAGAUAAGAAAGUGGAUACAAGAAAAUACCGGGCAGAGCCCAAAAGCAUUUACGAAUAUCAGCCGGGCAAGUCCUCCGUUCUGACCAACGAAAAGAUGAGUCGGGAUAUAAGCCCAGAAGAGAUAGAUUUAAAGAAUGAACCUUGGUAUAAAUUCUUUUCGGAAUUGGAGUUUGGGAAACCGCCUCCCAAAAAGAUAUGGGAUUAUACUCCUGGAGACUGCUCUAUCCUUCCUAGAGAGGAUAGAAAGACUAACCUAGAAAAAGAUCUCAACCUCUGCCAAACAGAGUUAGAGGCAGACUUAGAAAAACCGGAGACGCUUAAUAAAGCACCCAGUGCAAACCUGUCACAGAGCUCUGCAGUCAGCCCCACUCCGGACAUUUCUUCAGAGCCUCCUGGAUAUAUAUAUUCUUCCAACUUCCACGCCGUGAAGAGGGAAUCAGAUGGGGCUCCUGGGGAUCUUGCUAGCUUGGAGAGCGAGAGGCAGAUUUACAAAAGCGUCUUGGAAGGAGGAGACAUCCCUCUCCAGGGCCUGAGCGGCCUCAAGCGGCCAUCCAGCUCAGCCUCCACUAAAGUGGAUCGUAAAGGUGGGAAUGCUCACAUGAUUUCUUCAUCUUCAGUUCAUAGCCGAACGGUUCACGGUAGCAAUGUGUUAGGCCCUGGGUGUAAGCACAAGAAACCCCUGUCCGCCGCGAAAGCCUGCAUUUCGGAAAUCCUUCCCUCCAAAUUCAAACCCAGGCUCUCUGCUCCCAGCGCUCUUCUGCAGGAUCAGAAGAGCGUUCUGUUGCCCACAGAAAAGGCUCAGAGCUGCGAGAACCUUUGUGUCUCGGUUUCUCUGAGUGAAUCCAAACGAGGCCUCCCCCUGCAAGUGGGGGGCAGCGUGGAGAACCUGCUGCUGCGCUCCCGGCGGGACUACGACAGCAGGUCGAGCAGCACCCUGAGCCUGCAGGAGUACAGCACCAGCGCCAGGAGGCCCUGCCCGCUGUCCAGGAAGGCCGGCAUGCAGUUCUCCAUGCUCUACCGGGACAUGCACCAGAUCAACCGGGCCGGCCUCUUCCUGGGGUCCGGCUCCUCCUCCAGCGUGCGGGAUCUCGCCUCCCACUUCGAGAGGAGCAGCCUGGUGCUGUCCAGGGGCGAGCUCGGCUCCAGCCAGGAGGGCUCGGAGCACAUCCCCAAGCACACAGUCUCCUCUCGCAUCACGGCUUUCGAGCAGCUGAUUCAGCGGUCCCGGUCCAUGCCGUCGCUGGACCUGUCCGGCCGGCUGAGCAAGUCCCCCACACCCGCGCUGAGCCGGAGCGGCCUGACCUCCGCCCGCUCGGCCGAGUCCCUCCUGGAGUCCACGAAGCUCCGGCCCAGGGAGGUGGACGGGAUGAACCCCGGGGGCGUCUACGCCUCCCCGACCUGCGGCAGGCUGGCGGACCCCGCCCUCGGCUUCCGGGGCCUCGGGCCUUCCGAGCCCCUCUCCGCCUGCUCGGACGAGCUGGACCGUUGUUCCAACGUGUCCAGUGACAGCCGGGAGGGCAGCAGCGGCAGCGUUCACGGAGACUUCCCCAAACACCGCCUCAGCAAGUGCAAGGGCACCUGCCCGGCCUCCUACACCCGCUUCACCACCAUCCGCCGGCACGAGCAGCAGCAGACCUCCAGGCGGCCCGACUGGCGCUCGGACCCCCGGGGCGACAAGGGCACGCUCCUCCGGAACAUCUACCUGAUGAGCCCACUCCCCUUCCGGUUGAAAAAGCCCCUCCCGCACCACCCCAGACAGCCUUGCCCCAGGGACUUCUCAAGCCAGAAGCCAGACCCCCCCAGGCAGCCCCAGCAGGACGAGCGCCCCUCCCAGGGGAAGCCUUUGGUUCCCAAACGCCUGUCUUCCCGGCACACCAUGGCCAGGCUGAGCCAGAUCUCAGAGCCCCCUGAGGAGAGACCCGCGGCCCCGGAGGCUGGCCCCAGGGCCUUUACUAAUGGGAACUCUGUGCUGUACCCAGACCACGGCCUGGACAGGAACAACAACCCCCACAGUGAACUGGGGACGUCCCUCGGAGAUUCAGAAUCACCAAGGCAUUUUAUACCGGCUGAUUACUUGGAAUCCACAGAAGAAUUCAUUCGAAGACGUCAUGAUGAUAAAGAGAAACUUUUAGCGGACCAGAGACGACUUAAGCGCGAGCAAGAAGAGGCCGAUAUUGCAGCUCGACGCCACACGGGCGUCAUUCCAACGCACCAUCAGUUUAUCACUAAUGAGCGCUUUGGGGACCUCCUCAAUAUAGACGAUACGGCAAAAAGGAAAUCUGGGUCAGAGAUGAGACCUGCCAGAGCCAAGUAUGACUUUAAAGCUCAGACACUAAAGGAGCUUCCGCUGCAGAAGGGAGACAUCGUUUACAUCUGUAAGCAGAUCGAUCAGAACUGGUACGAAGGAGAGCACCAUGGCCGGGUGGGGAUCUUCCCACGCACCUACAUUGAGCUUCUCCCUCCCGCCGAGAAGGCUCAGCCCAAAAAGCUGACACCAGUGCAAAUCCUGGAAUACGGCGAAGCUGUCGCUAAGUUUAACUUUAACGGUGACACGCAAGUAGAAAUGUCCUUCAGAAAGGGCGAGAGGAUCACACUGCUUCGACAGGUGGACGAGAACUGGUACGAAGGGAGGAUCCCGGGGACGUCCCGGCAAGGCAUCUUCCCCAUCACCUAUGUGGACGUGAUCAAACGGCCACUGGUGAAAAACCCCGUGGAUUACAUCGACCUGCCUUUCUCCUCCUCCCCAAGCCGCAGUGCCACUGCAAGCCCUCAGUUUCCUGGUCCUAGCAAGCUCAUCACGCCAGCCCCCUCAUCUCUGCCCCACGCUCACCGAGCCCUAUCCCCUGAGAUGCAGGCUGUCACCUCUGAGUGGAUCUCACUGACUGUAGGGGUCCCGGGCAGGCGCCCUCUGGCCCUGACCCCACCCUUGCCUCCUCUGCCCGAGGCUUCAGUCUACAGCACUGACCCCCUGGCCUGGUUGGCGAGGCCCAGCCCCUCCCUGUCCCUCAACCUCCCCUAUUCAAGCUGGUCAGACCGGUCCACCCCACACUCGGCAGUCUCCCCACUGGCCCUGCCUCCUCCACACAAAGCCUGUUCCCUGGUGCCUGGUGCCCAGGGCUCCCUCCAUGUCAACGGAGACAGUGGUACCCAUGUGUCACCUCUGGGGCUCCACCAGGAUAGCUUCUCCCAGCCGCAGCCUGGGAGUUCUGACAGGGUCAUCUCGGAGCUUAGUGACGCCUUUAGCAGCCAGGGUAAGCAGCAGCCGUGGCGAGAAGAAAGAGGACCACAUGAGAGGAAAACAGAGAGGGAGGCAGGUGAGACAUGCCCAGGUGGACCCGCCAUCUCUAAGAAGAGCUGCCUGAGACCUUCAGACGUGGUCCGGUGCCUGAGCACCGAACAGAGACUCGCAGAGCUCCACAGCCCCGAGGAGAGCCGGCCCCGCCAGGCCCUGGGUAGCCCUUUCCCGGGAAGGGAGGCCAAGCACACAGAGCUGCAUAGAGGUGGCGAGCAGGCCGAGAGGAAGGCCGCUCGGACUGGUGCGAGCCAGCAACCUCAAGCCCAGCAGCGAAGAGUCACCCCAGACAGGAGUCAAACCUCCCAGGAUUUACUUAGCUACCAAGCACUGUAUAGCUAUAUUCCACAGAACGAUGACGAAUUGGAGCUCCGAGAUGGAGAUAUUGUUGACGUCAUGGAGAAGUGUGACGACGGGUGGUUUGUUGGUACUUCAAGAAGGACAAGGCAGUUUGGUACUUUCCCAGGAAACUACGUAAAGCCUUUGUAUCUAUAAGAAGACUGAAAACCACGGAGAUGAUUUUUAUUGAUGGAUGAAGCAUAAUUCAUGAACUGGUCUCUUUAUUUAAAUGUCAAAUCAGUAGGAAAACUAAUGCAGUGGAUAAAGUAAGAAGCAAAAGAAAGGACAGAGAAGUGUGGUGUUUAAACCCUGAGCCUGUCUGAGCUUACUGCAUAUCAGACAGGGCUGAACCAUGCAAAAAAGGAAUGACGCAAAUCUGUAUUUACUUAGCUGCUGCUGGGAGCCACUCCAGCCCUGCCCUGCCCUCCCCGGCUUAGGUAUCUGACCUGCAGCUCAGUCCAGGAGCAGCGAGGUCUGACCCAGGCUUGCCCAGCUUUGGCUCAAAAGGGCCGUUUAGCCUGCAGGACCCUCGGAACGCCUGGCAGGCCCCCAGCCACUCUCCAAGGCUCCACACAGACUCCUCCAUCACCCCACAGUCCACUGAUCCCCCAGCAUGGCUAGAGAUCAGACAGGGCUGGAGGGGCACUCCCUAGGCAGUCCCCCACUACCCCAGACCACGUCCCUCACUGGGGGGAUGUGGGGAAACGGGGUGAAAGUUGGCACCGUGCUUUUUGCCUGCAUACAGCCUUGCCAUGGAUGCCCCUGCUUUUCAGACAAAAAAAAGCACACAAGGCUUGCCCAUGGAGCAGGGUGGCCAGGCAGAUGGGUAAAUUUGUAUUUCCAGGUGAUUAAAACAAGCCCUGUAGCUCUUGAGGGCCUUUGCAGUGGCUCCUUUUCUGUAUCACUGGCUUUUAUAGGUUUAUUUACCAGAAUGCCAUUGCUACCCUUCCGUUUCUAGGUUGUUUUUGGCCAGGACAGUUUAGGGUUGAUAGACAUGUUCUCACAGAGAACCAAGGCUGGUGUUCGGUGAGUCAUUGAGCAUGGACCCCGAUGUACACUGGGCGCCGGUGCUCCCAGCCUUGGACGAGGUUCACCGUGUCUCCAUUUUCACUCCCUGUAGGAGUCCAAGGGCCACUCCAAAUGUGGUGACCCACCCAGGGCUGUGACUCCUGAUGCACCCUGGGAGGCUCCUCUGCAGAGCGGAAGGUGCAGGCGCAGUGACCCUCAGUGUGAGGCAGCAAGUCUGCGUCUCCCAGAGGUCUGUCCUUCGUGGGGCCAGAGCCGAGCAGGGAGCCGCUAUGAUGCCCGCGGUGUUCGGUCACAACUGUAUCCAAUUCAAGGAUGUUUAUCAGCCUCUCUGUUGGAUGCCUUGGAGACAAAGAUAGAAAUGAGCCAUCCCCUGCCUCCCGGGAACUCAGUGGUGAUUGGGGAGAUGGACACACAAAAAUACUCAAUCAAGAGAGACUGUGAUAUGUGCUAAGAAGGGUGUGAGAGGAAGAGUUGAAUUUUCCCUGAAGGGAUCUUAGAAAGCAUUGUCUUAUUUCUGUCUCGAUUUGCUCACUUUUUGAACAACUCGGGUACUGGAGGAAGCUUUGUCCGUGGGUAGUUUAUGGCUGGAAAUAUUUGGCACUGUCUCCACGGUCUUCAGCCUCUCAUCCUUCCCACAAAUACACAUCCAAGGUCACAGACAGUAGCAAUUCCAGCUCAGUAAGGUGUGUACAGAGACCCCGGCACUCUGCAUAGAGCCCAGAAUUGUCCCAGGACCAAUGUCCCAAAUUCUGGAGUCUUUAUAAAUUAUAAGGAGGCAGAGUUUGUCUUCAGGGCCUCUGCCUCCAGUGUUCAUCUUAGGAUGCCAUUAGCUGCCCACCCCGCCACAUCAGGCAGCCACAGUAUCCUCCCUUUCUCUCCCUGGCCUUUCAAAUGCUGCUCUCAGGAAAGCAACUGGCCACUAAUACCUUCACACUAAAGUGUAAAUGACUGAUAAGAGGAAUGUGUUACCACCUUCCAGAGACAUUUGUUUUUAACUAGCACAGAGCAGAGCCUUAAUCCCAAGGGAAAAGGCUGUGGAACUAAUUCAUGGUGGAAGUGGGGCUGGGGGUGCAGGUGGGGUGGAUGAGCUUCCUGGGGCGAAGUGACUUCUUUAAGGCUCAUUGCUUUGGAAGGUCCACCUCACCAUCUAAGGGCACUAUGUUUGUCUCUCCUCUCCACCCAGGGAAUACAGUCCAAGUGCACACGCACAUGCAUUUUGCACAGCAGCAUUUCACCCAUUUUGGAACGUAAUUCUUAUAUUGGCUAAUGUGUUUCCUGGUCUUUCUUAGAUGCAAAUCAUUAAUAACAUGAUCUUGUAAGUUUUUUGAGGGGUGCUUACAAAGUAGAUAAUUUUGAACACCUCUUUAAAUACAGCUAGAAUAUAAACCAAUUUGUAAAGCCACAUUUGCAUAUGAUGCCAGCCUCACAACUUUGUAUAUCUCCAGCCUCCCAGGUUUGCCUCACCCGAUUUGCCCGUUGUUGAUACACAUGUUAAAAUUUGCAUCAAACUUCAGCUUCCUGACAAAACAAGGAACAAAGGGUUCCAAUUGCUCCUUUGUCUUCAGACAUUUAGUAAUACAAAAUACCUAUUUUUAUGCUGAGAUAUUUAUACAGGUUUAUUAAUGCAAGUGCAACUAACUGGCGGCAUGCCCUGCAACACGUUUUGAUAGAUUAGCCAUGCUUCUGGGUUAAGGCAAGCCGCAAACUACACAUCUUUUGCAGUCUCUACUGAGAUCAGUACAUGGAAAAAAAUAUCAUAUGCUUAAGAAGUGGGACUGUAAAUAUGUAUAUUUAACUUUGUAUAGCCCAUGUACCUACUUUGUAUAGAAAAAUAAUUUUAAAAAUUUGAACUGAAGGGGGGUAAAAUAAGGAAGUCAUGAAGUUUUUUGCAUUUGUAUUUAAAUGAAGGAAUUCCAAAUAACUUACCUGCAGAUUUUUAGCACAAAAAAUAGCCAUUGUAAAGUGUAAUUUUAAAUCAUUCUGAGACAGAAGGUAACUGUUCUCAGUUAUAGUGGUUUUUUGUUUUUAAUUUCUUUUUUUUUUUUUUUU